AUGUCGGACGCAGUUUCUCCAAGGGAGCUCUCUGCCCUUCGCGCUGCUCUCCUGAACACGAGUGGUACUGUUCCAUUGCAUGAUCGUUUCAGAGCUCUCUUCACGUUGAAAAGUUUGAAGAAUGACGAUGCAGUUAAGAUCAUCUCUGAAGGCUUCGCCGAUCACUCGGCACUACUCAAGCAUGAGCUUGCGUACUGCUUAGGACAGAUGAAGCUCGUCUCAGCUCUCCCAGUUCUUCAGUCAGUGCUGGAGAAUCUGGGCGAGGAUCCGAUGGUACGGCACGAGGCAGCAGAAGCAAUAGGCGCAAUCUCAUCGCCUGAUUUCAAGGUAGUCCUCACGAAGUACCUCACAGAUCCCAACAGGAGUGUGCGUGAGACGUGCGAGAUCGCGCUCGCCAAAAUUGAAUGGGAUAAUUCUGAAGAGGGACGUCAGCAUCUUGCGUCAAAAGAAUCUUCAGAUCAGACACCGGCAUACACCUCCAUCGACCCCGCUCCACCCUCAUCCAAACUUCUCUCUGGCCAGCCCAAACCUGAUGACCUGUCUGAAUCUGCAAUUGUCUCCCUCCGUACCACGCUUUUGGAUACGUCCGUCCCCCUUUUCCAGCGCUAUCGGGCUAUGUUUGCACUCCGCAACAUCGGGACGCCAGCGGCCGUGGAUGCACUAGCAGCAGGAUUCUCUGAUGACAGCGCCCUAUUCAAGCACGAAAUCGCCUUUGUUUUCGGUCAACUCUUGAGCGCGCACUCUGUACCCUCACUGCUUAAUGUUCUGCAGGACGCAUCUGAGUCCGAUAUGGUGCGACACGAGGCUGCGGAAGCGCUUGGAGGAAUCGCCACACCUGAGGUGCUGCCUCAUCUUAAAGAAUGGAUGACGCGCGAGGAUUCUCCGCGCGUUGUGCGGGAAAGCUGUCAGAUUGCUGUUGACAUGUGGGAGUAUGAGAACUCGGGGCAAUUCCAGUAUGCGAAUGGACUGGAGAGUGUUAGGGUAGAGGCUACUCCUGCCUGA